GCAGAAAUUCACACCCAUUACCAAAUACAGCUCACAGUUUUGGUCACACAAUUGAUAUUUUCUUGUUGAUUUGUUUGUUAUAAAGGUGAUUAAUUGAAGACUUGGUGAAGAUGAAUGUCCUGCUUCUGAAAGAGCCCAGAGAUGGAGAAUCAGGACCAGAUCCCUACAUAAAGGAGCUGGACGCACGUGGACUCAAAGCUACCCUCAUCCCAGUGCUGUCCUUUAAAUUUGUCUCUCUGAACACACUUUCAGAUAAGAUUUUCCAGCCUGAGAAACAUGGCGGUCUGAUCUUCACCAGCCCCAGAGCCGUGGAGGCCGUGAGGACGUGUGUGGACGAGAGGAAACAAGAAUGGGAGGCGUCUGUGAAGGAAAAGUGGAACUCCAAGUCUGUUUAUGUCGUCGGAAAAGCAACAGCCGCUUUAGUUGAAAAUCUGGGCUUGAAUCCUUUGGGGGAAGACACUGGGACUGCAGACGUCCUCUCCAAACUCAUCAUCGAAAGAGAAGACAAAAACAUCCCUCCGUUGUUUUUCCCUUGUGGUUCGAUCAAGAGGGAAGUCCUGCCCACGGCUCUGAAAGAAAACGGAGUUCCUCUGGAGACACUGACAGUUUAUCAAACGGCCGAACAUCCAGAUCUGGAGAAAAACCUCAAGAAUUAUUUUACUGAGCAGGGCGUUCCUGUGAGUGUGGCGUUCUUCAGUCCUUCUGGAGUGAAGUUCUGUCUGGAGGUGGUGAGGAGAUUAUCAGGAGACCAGCUCGCUCAGAUUAAAUUUGCAGCGAUCGGUCCGACCACAGAGGAGGCCAUGAGAGCUGAAGGACUCACAGUGAACGCUGUGGCUGUGAAACCUACAGCAGAACAUCUGAGCGCAGCCAUCCACAAAGCACUACAGAUGUUCCUGUCCAGAUACGGGUUCCUGAGGCCGGUGAAGUGGGAGGAGCAGCUCUACGAAGAACCGGAGGAGCCAGACUUUUCGUUUUUAGAGUUAAACGAGUUUAACAUCGAGGAGGGCUCCGCUGCGCCGCGCUCACGAGACGCCGACCGCCCAAACGAACAAAAACCACACGACCCACAGUUCGUCAGCGCGCUCAGAGACUUCCAGAAGCUGUCCGGACUCAGCGUGACCGGGGUUUUCGACGAAGCCACGAAAAACGCCAUGAACCGACCCAGUACAGAAAUGAGCAUUAAAACUACAAAUUCCAUUCGGGACAUUUUAAAUUUUAGAAACUAUUCAAAUUUUGACAAACAAGCCACAGAAACCAAAAAUUCUACUGCCAAUUUUGACCAAAUUUCCAACACUACUAAAGAAAACCUUCAUCAAAACAGUUCAGAGAGAGAAGCUUUUGAAAUAAACUUUUUCAGCAAAACUGACUUAAAUUCUUCUUCAAAUCUUGCCGAAAUUGACAAUGAGACUAUGAUAGAAAUGAUGCACCAAAACAAUACAGACAAAAUAAAAAAGAAAACCAUCGAAAUUGAAAAUUUUGACCAAAUUUCCAAUGACACUUAUACAGAAAAUAUGCUCCAAAACAGGACAGAAAAUGGCAUUAAAACUUCAAAUUCUACUCUGGACAAUUUAUAUUUUAGAAACUCUACUAUAGAAAAUAUGCAGCAAAAUUUUACUGUUCACAAUUUAAAUUUUCAAAACUUUUCGACUGAAACAAAUCAAAAUUCAACCACAGAAUUUGAGCAAAGCGCUAAUAAAACUACAAACAAAACACAACAACAAAACAUGGACAAAACAAGUUCUGGAAUCACAGAAACUGUUGAAAAUCCCGCGGUUACUCGUCGGAAGCGCCACCUCGCGUCCGUGUUGUCCGGGCGCAGACGGAGGCGCAGGGAGGCCGGCGGGUACAUGGCGUUUUCGAAGAGCGUCCUGAGGUGGCGUCUGAUGGGAGAAGGUUACAGCAGCCAGCUCUCGGUGGAGGAGCAGAGGUACGUCUUCAGACUGGCCUUCAGGAUGUGGAGCGAGGUCUGCCCCCUGGAGUUCAUCGAGGACACUGCGUCGCCGCUGGAGGAGAUCGACAUCCGGCUCGGGUUUGGGACAGGGCGUCACUUGGGCUGUCAGCAGAGGUUUGACGGUUCGGGGAGGGAGUUCGCUCACGCCUGGUUUUUAGGCGACAUCCACUUUGACGACGACGAACACUUCACUGGACCCAGCGCAGGGAAAGGCAUCAGUCUGCUCAAGGUGGCGGUUCAUGAGAUCGGUCACGUCCUGGGCCUCCCGCACAUCCACAGACCCGGCUCCAUCAUGCAGCCCAGUUACCUGCCUCACGAGUCCAGCUUCGAGGUCGACUGGAUGGACCGCAAAGCCAUUCAGAACCUCUACGGUGGCUGUAGGGGGCGCUUCAACACCGUGUUCGACUGGAUCCGCAGAGAGAGGACGGCGCUCGGGGAGGUGGUGAUCAGGUUCAACACGUACUUCAUGAGGCAGGGCUGGUACUGGCUCUACGAGAACCGCAACAACAGGACCAGGUACGGCGACCCGGUGUCCCUGCAGAGCGGCUGGAGGGGGCUGCCUCUGAGCGGGGUGGACGCCUUCGUGCACGUGUGGAGCCGCAGGACCGACCGCGUAUACUUCUUUAAAGGUUCUCAGUUCUGGAGGUACGACACAGACCAGGACCAGGUGUUCAGGAGAGACCCAGAGGGACUGACCUACCCCAGACUCAUCUCCGAGGGCUUCCCCGGCGUCCCCUCGCCCAUCGACACCGCCGUGUUCGACCGCAGAGACGGACACAUCUACUUCUUCAAGGGGGCGCUGGUGUUUGCUUUCAGCGUGGACUCCGGUCGUGUUUCUCGUGGUUUCCCUAAACGUCUCCGCUCGGCGUUUCCUCCUCUGGACCCUGGGGACCACCCCGACUCCCACCUGGACGCCGCCUACUUCUCCUACUCCCACAAUGCACUGUUCCUGUUCAAAGACACGUCCUUCUGGCAGGUGACGAACGGCAGGGACCGCGGGAGACGCCCGCACCUGCCGAAGAACUCGCUCCUGCCGCAGAGACAGAUCCACGAGCGCUGGUUCGACAUCUGCAACGUGCACCCCGCCUCGCUCAAACUCAACCCCUGAGGUCUACUGUGUCGCUGUUCUGGUCCGUCACCUGCUUGUUUCCAUGGAUACGUCACUGCUCUGCCUGGAAUGUUCCGCAGUGUGACUUUAAACAGCUCUACUUUACAUUUAUUCACUUACAAUUAGUUUUAUC